CAUUUUGAGUGAAAAGACACCUGCACUUUCUGGUUGAAGAAACACUUCAAGGAAGACGCUUCAGUUUCUCUCUUCUGAAUUUGGAAGAACUGCAGAAGAAGGCCCAAAGGUCCACCACGAUUCUCUAUCCAUCAUCAUGGGAGUCAUAACUGUGUCUGUUCUUGCCUGUGUCCUCCUCACUCUUCUGGGAACUGGAGCCCUCCCCCACAAUCCUCACUAUACCUGUCCAAGUGGGUAUACUGGACCUGACAGCACAAUACCCCAUUGCUACCGAUUCGUACGCAAACAAAUGGGAUGGCAGCAAGCACUGGAUUACUGUAAGAGAGAUCGGGGUACCCUAGCUGCUGUGCACAGCGUUGAAGAAUACCAGCUUCUCCUUUCCAUGGUGAAGCAGACCCAGAGUACCUCUGCUUAUGCCUGGGUAGGACUGAAUGAUCUUGAGAAGGAAGGGAAUUAUGUGUGGACUGAUGGGUCAUCCGUCAACUGGUUCUGGUCCGAAAGUGCCAAAGCUCAGCAGUGGGGAGAAGAAGACUGUGUGGCACUGAACUCUUAUUCAGGGGCUGAGGGCUUCGACGACAUCAAGUGUGACAGUGGCUGCACCUUUGUCUGUAUGAGAGUGCUACCAAGUGGAGUAGCCUAAGAUGAUAGAGGAGUCCAGCAGUUAUUUGGCCAACAUACUCUGAUUUUCUUUUCUACUAUCGCACGCAAACUCCUAUGCGUUGAUUGAGGACCGGUUGAAUACUUGAAGACAAUAUGAUAAAAAGUGAUCUAAUGGCAAUUACAUUAUCUUUGGUUGCCAUUUUCAAUUGUUAAAGUUAUUGUCAGGUUGAUUCUACAACUGCAUUUUCGCUCAUGUUUUCUGCACAUUACUAGCCUUAAGCUACCAACCAUUGAGGCGCCCACUAAAGGUUUAUCCACAAACAAACGGUUCAAUCCCCUCACUAACUCACAACCGACUGUUAUCUAAGAACACAGACAGGAUAGUGUUGAAGGUACGGGUAAAAUUAGUCUCAACACUCAACACAUUUUUAAUGGUUCGCCUAUUAUAUGGAAUAUUGAAAGAAUUGUUGGAAUUCUUGCGUCCCGAUUAUCCCUCAAUGCUUCCAUGCCUCUUUGAAUAAAACCUUUCAGCAUCA